UCUAAAGAAAUGACAAAGGAUUCAACAAAAGGUGUACUUAGUGUAUUCGACUUUGUACAAUCCAGAAAGUAUUAUGGACUACAGAUUCCAAUUCCAACUUUAAUGUCAGCCAUUGCAGCCUGGUGGGCAUAUGAGCGUUACCAGACUGACAAAUAUGACCCGAAUGGUCUAAUGCAAGGAAGGAAAUCAGGACUACACUUGAACUUUAUUCCAAAGUAUAGAGUGAUGGUAAAGAGAGAUACCGAUGGUGGAACGAUCAUUCAACUUGACUAUUGGGCAAGAAUUAGAAAGACUGGAAUUGCCGCUGCCUUUGUUACUUAUGGUCUAACUGCAGCUGUUGGUGCUGGUACACUGUCCGUGCAUAUCAUGGAGGCAAAGAGCUUCCUUGGUUCAUUCUGGGAAUGGUUCGAUGGUAGCUACCAAGUGGUCAACGUCGAGAUCCUCGUCAACGAGGAGCGUCAUAGAGGCGAGCUCGUCAAUGACACAGGAAGCUACUCCAACACAACAGUCAACAACAAUUACUACAGCAACAACUAUCAACAACAACAACAACCAGGAGGCCACCCUGGUGCCCCGGGUAUGGUUGCAGUUGGUGGAGUUGGCUAUAUUGACUCAAGUCUCAACAAGGCUGGCGGUUAUGGUGCAGCAGGAACCCAGACAUCUAGUUCAGGAGGUUAUGGAUCAGGUCAAUAUGGUCCUGGAGGUAGCCAGUAUGGAGCAACAGGUGGACAAUAUGGAGCAGGUGGUAGCCAGUAUGGCUCAGGAGGUAGUCAGUAUGGAGCUACUGGUGGUCAAUAUGGUGCUACUGGAGGACAGUAUGGAUCUGGUGGCAGCCAGUAUGGUGCUACUGGUGGACAAUAUGGAGCUACCGGAGGACAGUAUGGUUCUGGUGGUAGCCAGUAUGGCGCUGGUGGCCAAUAUGGUGCUGGAGGACAGUAUGGUGCUGGAGGACAAUAUGGUGCUGGUGGCCAAUAUGGAGCUGGAGGCCAGUAUGGUUCGGGUCAAACAGAUUCUUCCUACUCUGGUAACACAACAUCGUCAUCGGGCAAGACAAGUGCAACUGACCAACUCAAGAAGAUUUAUGGGGGUGACUCGAGUGUCCAAGAUCAAUACUCAAGCCAAUACAAGGAUGCAUCAAAGAGUGCCUUAUCAGGAGCCGGUGCUGGAACUGGAGCAUCCUCCAAUACAAGUGGAGCUCCAUCAGCUUCCGACAUUGACAACCUUAGUGCAGGUUUGAAGUUGGCCUCACUUGCCAAAGGACCGAACGAUCCUACUGCUCCACUACCUCCCCCACCACCCCUCCCAGCAAGACCAUCAUCAACAUCAAUGAACAAACCAAUCAGUGGUUUGGGAAAGGACCAAGCUACAGCUGGAUCAGGAUCAGGAACUGCAACUGGUCAGUCGAGAAGCCGAUCAUCAUCCUCUGAGAACCCCCAGGCCGGUGGUUCAACUGGAGAGCGUCCAUUCCCUACUGCUGUUGAUACCAACGCCAAUGCCAGUGCCAACGCCAACGCCAACACAAUGUUGAAGCCAAGCAAGGCAGAGUUCCAAGAGGGUCAACCAGAGCUAGAGGCACAAAAGGCCGAGUCUGAUGCAUUCAAGCAUGGAGGUCUUGGAUUCGGUUACACCUACGACCAUCUCAAGGACGAGUUGGACAAGAAGUAUGCCGAGAGAAAGGAGAGAUUGCAACAAGCUGAGCUGCAGCAACAGAAGCCAAAGACUGGAAUGGCCACC